UCUGACAUGAGAGGACCAUAAAGUGGAAUGCUGGGGAAGGUCGGAAGAGGACUCUGGGACGUCCCGGGCUGGGGCCGGGAGCCGGCAACUCCAGCUGUGGCGAUUCGGGAGGCCGCACUGGGCCUGCCUGGCCGGUGUCCCAGCGGGUCUGAGAGUUAAGGCAUGUUUACACACGCGGUAACGCGUGCCUUGCGCAAGAACAAGACCCUCCGCUAUGGGGUCCCGAUGUUGGUAUUGAUUAUUGGAGGUUCUUUUGGUCUUCGCGAGUUUUCACAAAUCCGUUAUGAUGCUGUGAAGAUUAAAAUUGAUCCUGAAUUAGAAAAAAAACUGAAAAUGAGUAAAGUGUCCCUGGAGUCAGAGUAUGAGAAAAUAAAGGAUUCCACUUUCGAUGACUGGAAGAAUGUUCGAGGACCCAGGCCGUGGGAAGAUCCCGACCUCCUCCAGGGACGAAAUCCAGAAACCCUGAAGACGAAGACCACUUGACUGUGCUGGUUCCUUUUUUAUUUUUUAAUUUAAAUAAAAUGUUAUCAACUGAGUUCUCACUACAUACUCCUGUCCGGUGGAGAGAAAAUUUCAGACCUUCAGAAGAAGCCUGGAUGUAAGUUGAUAACAGAUAAUCUUGAUUAAAAAAUCAAGUACAAGUUUUUUGCUUCCCAACUCUGCCAUUUGCCAGUGAAAGUAACAGUGUUGACCACAUGUAUUUUACACCACUCAAUAAAAAUGAGAACACUGCUG